CGUAGUUAACCCUUCACCCUCUCGCCUCUCCAUGUCGAAAACACGUGUGGAAAUAACAACAGCAUGGCAAGCCAGGGGCUCACCUACGAUGGUUGUAAUUUUUUCAGACAACGACUAGUGUUAUCAACUCUAAGUGGCAAAAGAGUCAAAAUCCGAAACAUACGAUCUAAAGAUGAUAACCCAGGACUUAGAGGUAAGUGGACUACAAAACACCCAUGUGGCGUCGUAUUAUUAUAUAUGGCUAGCAUUACCUAGCUAGCUGUUACUACGCAGUUAAAGUUCACCCAUUCCAGCACGCACAAGUAGACUGAAUUGUUGCUUUUUGGCACAAAUACCAUAGACAUUAGUCAACCAGCUAAGUUAUUGGACAACAUCUAAUGUAGGAUACAUUAGGAACAUAGCUACAUAACAAUGCAUAUUCAUGUGAUCCUUUUUGAGGAUUUCUUGUUAGCUAGGUAAAUAGCAGUCACUACCCCUACCAGCUGGCAUUUGCGUUCAACCAAAGACUAACACUCCUCUAUAGAAGAUCAUGCUUCUAUAAACACACAUCCUUAAUUCUGCAAAUUAUCCCAUAACUCUUUGUAUACAGUCAAGUAAAUGCUGUAUAUGCCUAAUACAUAUAUAAGGGUGUGGUUGUUAUUGGGGUGGAGCUACACUUUUAUUGACUUAUUUUUUUCUAGAUUUUGAAGCCAGCUUCAUCAGGCUUCUGGACAAGGUAACCAAUGGGACCAGAAUAGAAAUCAACCAAACAGGUAAACCAUGGGAGGAUGAAUACACAGACCACAGCAUAUGUCAUGCUCACUAUUGCAUUUCAAUGUAAUUGGGUUAGUUUGUACUCUGCAGCCACCUACCGUUUGAAUGCAUGAUGCAUGCAUGUACACCAAACUGACCUUGGCAGGACCGCAGUAUGACACAACACAUGCACACUUGACUCGUCCUCACACACACACAGGUCAGCUCUUGUGUUUGAAGGGGCAAGCUAUUGAUCUAUCACGGUUGACAGUGGGAUAACAGGAAGGAACUCAUCAGCCCUUCAAGGAUAUUUUCUUUUAUUUAGUUUACCUUUAUUUAACUAGGCAAGUCAGUUAAGAACAAAUUCUUAUUUACAAUGACGGCCUACACCGGCCAAACCCGGCCGACGCUGGGCCAAUGAACAUGGUAUUACCCAAACAUAGGUCAUAUUUUGUAAUCCUGAACCUGAUUUUUGCUUGUUGUAACAUGAAUGUUGCAGUUUAGCUCUUGAAUGUUUUUUAUGUUGGGAAAUGUUUCCACAUGUUUUGGAGACCUUGGUGCUGCGGCGCCCCCCAACAGUGUCAUAGAUGUUGAAACACAGCAUUUGCAAGGCAUGAUAUGCACAUGCUAACGUGGGUGUAGUUGCAUUUGUUUACAUGCACCAAAUGUCCGCUUUUGAUGAUGUCACUAGGCAUUUCUGCGUACAUUUUUCAACUCCUAGACCCACAGGCCAGGCGGCACAGACUGAUAUCCCUGUCCUGGGCCAUGUUCAUAAGGGCACAUCGUAGCAAGACAUCAUGCAACAGAAAACAAAAAUCUGUGCUUUCAUUGGACAACUGUAUGUACGACCAUCCAGUUGUAAAAAUAAAAUAAAAAUCCCCACUGAAAACCAACCUCUCCUCUCUCUGCCCUGUAGGUACGGUGCUGUUCUACCAGCCAGGCCUGCUGUAUGGUGGUGUGGUGGAACAUGAGUGUAACACCCAGCGGUCUGUGGGUUACUACCUGGAAGCUCUACUCAUGCUGGCUCCCUUCAUGAAGAACCCUCUGAAGGCUGUGCUGAAGGGGGUCACCAAUGACCCUACAGACCCCUCGGUUAGACCCAUGUUCCCUUUCUUAUAUAUACAUGUGUAGCGGAUGGCUAAGGGGCAGUGAAAAAAUUACUGGGGUGGGGGGGUGGUACAAAAUAGGGGAGGGUUGUCUAUUGUAAAAAAUAUUUAUUUGCUUUGGGGAGUAUUUUUAAUUUUUAUUGGGCACAGGGAAAGGUAGUGUGUUUUUUCCCUGAUUUACAGUCACCUUUUUGCAGGUUUUACUAUAUAAUUUCUUCCAUCCUAGCCAAAUUUCCUCAUCUGCUUGCAGAUCAAGGUGUUUUGGUACUUCCCUUAUGCACUACGCUUUUCCGCACGUUAACUAUACCAUACAUACAAUAAUUCAAAGCUGCAGCAAUUUUCUAUAUAAAUCCACAAGAACAAAGACUAAUAGCUGAUAGGCAGCGGAGAGGCCAGGUGCGUCAUUGCGCAUGAAAGAACAGUGAAGACAUGAGACACACAGCUGAAAAAGCUCUUGUUUAGGGACAAUACAAUUAUCCUAGCUAGACUAUAGUAGCCUACAACACCACAGUACAAGGAAUAAUUGCAUGAUUGUUUUCAAGUGAGUACAACAUUCUACUUUAGGCUGUAAACUGCAGUGAAAAUGUCAUUUGAAUAACGGACAAAAGCCCUGUGAUUUGAAUGUUUAAUUCCAUUUGGAUCAGUUGUGGGUCUACUCUGGAUAGUUUGUAAGGUCUAGAAAGGCACAGUAGCAGGCCAGUCUGGCUGUAUUUUUACUUCAGAUACUGAGAUGCGCUGUCUGUUGCGGAUCAUCAUUCUCUCAAGUCAUCCUUUCCAGCAGCAUACCCCCUGCAUCCCACUGCUGGAUUGCUUCUGAAGCUAAGCAUGGUUGGUCCUGGUCAGUCCCUGGAUGGGAGACCAGAUGCUGCUGGAAGUGGUGUUAGAGUGCCAGUAGGAGGCAGUCUUUCCUCGGGUCAAAAAAAGAAAUAUCCCCAUGACAGUGCCCUGUGUAGGGUGCCGUCUUUCAGAUGGGACGUUAAACGGGUGUCCUGACUUUCUGUGGUCACUAAAUAUCCCAUGGCACUUAUUGUAAGAUUAGGGGUGUUAACCUCUGUGUCCUGGCUAAAUUUCCCAAUCUUGGCCUCAUACUUUGUUUUUACACUGCUGCUACUCGCUGUUUAUUAUCUAUGCAUAGUCACUUUACCCCUACAGUACAUGUACAAAUUACCUCGACUAACCUGUACCCCCGCACAUUGACUCGGUACCGGUACCCCCUGUAUAUAGCCUCGUUAUUGUUAUUUUAUUGUGUUUUAUAUAUAUAUAUAUAUAUAUAUAUAUAUAUACAGUGCUAUGAAAAAGUAUUUUCCCCCUUUCUAAUUUUCUCUACCUUUGCAUAUUUGUGAUACCGAAUGUUAUCAGAUCUUCAACCAAAACCUAAUAUUAGAUAAAGGGAACAUAAGUGUACAAAUAAUACAACAAUUACAUAUUUAUUUCAUUUAUUUCAUAAACAAAGUUAUGCAACACCCAAUUCCCCUGUGUGAAAAAGUAAUUGCCCCCUUACACUCAAUAACUGGUUGUGCCACCUUUAGCUGCAAUGACUCCAACCAAAUGCUUCCUGUAGUUGUUGAUCAGUCUCUCACGUCGCUGUGGAGGAAUUUUGGCCCACUCUUCCAUGCAGAACUGCUUUAACUCAGUGACGUGUGUGGGUUUUCAAGCAUGAACUGCUUGUUUCAAGUCCUGCCACAACAUCUCAAUUGGGAUUAGGUCUGGACUUUGACUAGGCCAUUCCAAAACUUCCAAUUUGUUGCUUUUUAGCAAUUUACAUGUAGACUUGAUUGUGUGUUUUGGAUCAUUGUCUUGCUGCAUGACCCAGCUGCGCUUCAGCUUCAGCUCACAGACGGAUGGUCUGACAUUCUCCUGUAGAAUUCUCUGAUACAGAGCAGAAUUCAUGGUUCCUUCUAUUAAGGCAAGUCGUCCAGGUCCUGAGGCAGCAAAGCAUCCCCAAACCAUCACACCACCACCACCAUGCUUGACCUUUGGUAUGAUGUUCUUACUGUGGAAUGCAGAGUUUGGUUUUCGCCAGGCAUUACUGGAACCAUGUCGUCCAAAAAGUUAUACUUUUGAAUCAUCUGUCCAUAGAACAUUCUUCCAAGAGUCUUGAUGAUCAUCCAGGUGCUUUUUGGCAAACUUGAGUCAACUUUUUGGACGAGAUGGGUCCCAUUAUGCCUGGCGAAAACCAAACACUGCAUUCCACAGUAAGAACAUCAUACCAAAGGUCAAGCAUGGUGGUGGUGGUGUGAUGGUUUGGGGAUGCUUUGCUGCCUCAGGACCUGGACAUCCAAACUGUGCACCGGCCAUUUGAUGAAUGGAAAGAGACAUUUGUUACGAAGCACCAGAAAGUUGAAUGACUUUCAGAGAUUGUCAAGCCAAGCCUUCGAUACUGGGUACAAGGUAGGGAGGGAUGUAUGUUCUGUUUGUCGAGAUUGACAGCAGCUAUGUUUUAGGGCUGUGACGAUACCAGUAUCGCAAUAUUUUUUCCAUGGCAAAAAUGAAAACAUGAAGCAGAUCAAACACUAUGGUCUUUUAAAAACCUUCUUUAUGGAAGAUAUUGUGUGCUAUAGUUUGGAAAAUAAUAAAUGUGACUGGAUGACAAAAUAAUGAUGGUUGUUUCCAACAUUAGGGUCGUUUUCCUAAAGAAGUAACAUUUAUUAAAUAUUGCCAUGAUAUUAACGAGUAUCACAAUACUGCUAUGUUUCCAUAAACUUGUCCAGUGAUUUUUUUUUUUGUAGACAUUUUAGAAAGUUCACAUGGAAAAUAGAUGCAACAAUUACAACAAUACACUCCCGAGUGGUGCAGUGGUCUAAGGCACUGCAUCGCAGUGUUAGCUGUGCCACUAGAGAUCCUGGUUCGAAUCCAGGCUCUGUCGUAGCCGGCCGCGACCGGGAGACCCAUGGGGCGGCGCACAAUUGGCCCAGCGUCGUCCAGGGUAGGGGAGGGAAUGGCUUGCAGGGAUGUAGCUCAGUUGGUAGAGCAUGGCGUUUGCAACGGCAGGGUUGUGGGUUCAAUUCCCACGGGGGGCCAGUAUGAAACAUCAAAAAAAAAAAUGUAUGCACUAACUGUAAGUCGCUCUGGAUAAGAGUGUCUGCUAAAUGACUAAAAUGUAAUUGCCUGCUAGGUUGCGUUUCCAUUUAACUAUCUUGUGUCGAUAAAAACAGCUGGACGUAAUGACAUCACACUUAAAGUUUUCGCUAAAACUUAGUGUCGAAUCAAAAUGUAGUGGUUGAAGUAUUUCCAACCCCUAUUUAGGCCAAUUGUGCAUUAAUAAAUUGGUGACAGCCUAUAUGCCCUACCACCUACCUUGUUUCAUGCCUCGGGUAGCCUGUGAAAGCCAGCAUCGAUAGAAUGCAAUAAUUGACUAAUAGUUGCCAUAUUCUAAUAAUUCUCGUGCCGAUGUAUCGCCACGGGCCGUGCCAUGGUGAAAUUUGCACUCCUUUAGAUCUGACUAAUUGGAUGGUGAAACUUGCCGGCCAACCAGAAAAGCAAGGCGAAGCAUUUCGGGCGUUCUUGAAAGUUACAGUGAGGGGAAAAAGUAUUUGAUCCCCUGCUGAUUUUGUACGUUUGCCCACCGACAAAGACAUGAUCAGUCUAUAAUUUUAAUGGUAGGUUUAUUUGAACAGUGAGAGACAGAAUAACAACAAAAAAAUCCAGAAAAAGGCAAGUAAAAAAUUUUAUAAAUUGAUUUGCAUUUUAAUGAGGGAAAUAAGUAUUUGACCCCUCUGCAAAACAUGACUUAGUACUUGGUGGCAAAACCCUUGUUGGCAAUCACAGAGGUCAGACGUUUCUUGUAGUUGGCCACCAGGUUUGCACACAUCUCAGGAGGGAUUUUGUCCCACUCCUCUUUGCAGAUCUUCUCCAAGUCAUUAAGGUUUCGAGGCUGACGUUUGGCAACUCAAACCUUCAGCUCCCUCCACAGACUUUCUAUGGGAUUAAGGUCUGGAGACUGGCUAGGCCACUCCAGGACCUUAAGGUGCUACUUCUUGAGCCACUCCUUUGUUGCCUUGGCCGUGUGUUUUGGGUCAUUGUCAUGCUGGAAUACCCAUCCACGACCCAUUUUCAAUGCCCUGGCUGAGGGAAGGAGGUUCUCACCCAAGAUUUGACGGUACAUGGCCCCGUCCAUCGUCCCUUUGAUGCGGUGAAGUUGUCCUGUCCCCUUAGCAGAACCCCCCCCCCCCCCCCCAAAGCAUAAUGUUUCCACCUCCAUGUUUGACAGUGGGGAUUGUGUUCUUGGGGUCAUAGGCAGCAUUCCUCCUCCUCCAAACAUGGUGAGUUGAGUUGAUGCCAAAGAGCUCCAUUUUGGUCUCAUCUGACCACAACACUUUCACCCAGUUCUCCUCUGAAUCAUUCAGAUGUUCAUUGGCAAACUUCAGACGGGCCUGUAUAUGUGCUUUCUUGAGCAGGGGGACCUUCUUGAGCAGGAUUUCAGUCCUUCAAGGCGUAGUGUGUUACCAGUUGUUUUCUUGGUGACUAUGGUCCCAGCUGCUUUGAGAUCAUUGACAAGAUCCUCCCGUGUAGUUCUGGGCUGAUUCCUCACUGUUCUCAUGAGCAUUGCAACUCCACGAGGUGAGAUCUUGCAUGGAGCCCCAGGCCGAGGGAGAUUGACAGUUAUUUUGUGUUUCUUCCAUUUGUGAAUAAUCGCAUCAACUGUUGUCACCUUCUCACCAAGCUGCUUGGCGAUGGUCUUGUAGCCCAUUCCAGCCUUGUGUAGGUCUACAGUCUUGUCCCUGACAUCCUUGGAGAGCUCUUUGGUCUUGGCCAUGGUGGAGAGUUUGGAAUCUGAUUGAUUGCUUCUGUGGACAGGUGUCUUUUUAUACAGGUAACAAGCUGAGAUUAGGAGCACUCCCUUUAAGAGUGUGCUCCAAAUCUCAGCUCGUUACCUGUAUAAAAGAUACCUGGGAGCCAGAAAUCUUUCUGAUUGAGAGGGGGUCAAAUACUUAUUUCCCUCCAUUAAAAUGCAAAUCAAUUCAUAACAUUUUUUACAUGCGUUUUUCUGGAUUUUUUUGUUGUUAUUCUGUCUCUCACUGUUCAAAUAAACCUACCAUUAAAAUGAUAGACUGAUAAUUUAUUUGUCAGGUGAGCAAAUGUACAAAAUCAGCAGCGGAUCAAAUACUUUUCCCCCCUCACUGUAGGUCAGGACAAUCCUUGUUCUGUAAAGAAGCCUUAUUUUUAUAGUUGGAAAAAAAUUGAUUUUGCAAGCAGUAGGCAUUUAGAAUUAAAAGUGGAGUGGAGCUUAUAGUUACGUGAUGACAUCACAUGCCCUGCGUACCUUCAAACUUAUUUGGCAAUCAUAAUUUAUUCGAAACACUUAAUUUGUCAUAAAUAAGGUUAGCCAAUUAAUACAAAUGUUGUUGAUCUUUAGAAAAUGUCUCCUAUAUCUGCCGUUUCCAUUAUACAUGUGGCAAAGAUUUUUUUUUGCGACAUUGCUUUUGUCAAAUAAACCUGGGUCAAUGGAAAACUGCCUAUAGGCUAUUUGAUUGUGGUGCUGAAAAUGCAAGCCAUGAUGUUGAAGUGCCCGAAGUUGGUAUACUUUGCUUAUUGGUUGUGUGCUGGGUUUAUGUUAGGAAAAUGUGGUGCCGGUCCGGCAACAUUUUAAUUUACCAUACAUUUGAGGAAUAUACCGGACUCGUAUGCAUUGGGUGCGUAACCUGAUUAAGGUGUCCACCUACGGUGCUCAGAAUGACAGAAAUCCCAUUUAGAUAUGGUAAUUCAUAUUAACAGAACAUGCAAGUUGAGGAUAAAACGAUGUAGUCCUUCUUAGCGAAAUUAUGAUGUGCACUUUGAACAUGUUAGAAUAACUGUCCACAUUUACUUUUCCUCAGCCGACAAGACGAGUAACGACCAACAAAAACACUAGCCUAUGUCAAUUUACUAUAAUAGAAAAGUUUAGGCUACCUAUUAUAUUGGUCAGCUUGUCGAUAAAGAAAUAGCCUAUUCUAAACAGACUCUGGGACAGUUGUGGGACGAAGGAUCCCAAAUUCAUACAACCAGUAGGCCUAGGCUACAUAAUUAUUUUAUUUUUUUAAGCGAUGUCUGAUGCAACAGAUCAGAACGUUUAGCUUAAAAUGUUGAUAAACUAUUAUUUCUUCACAUUAUAAACGCAGCAAUGUGCACAAGGCAGUAGGCUAUGUGUGAAUGUUUGUUCAAUAAUGCAAUUAGCGGGAAAACACUUGUCAAAAGGGCACUGCACAUGGGAGCGGUUUCAUGUGACAGAGAUGAAAAUAUCAGUUAGAAAUGUUGAAAGAGAGGAGAUCUAAUAGGCCACUUUGAAGCAAGUAAGACAUGCCUCAUAAUAUGUAUUAAAACGUUCAGGUUUCAAACAAUUAAGUAUAUGUUUUCAAAAUGCGUACCGCCUCCAGCUCAUUGCAAAGUCGUGUGUGACGCGCUGAUGAAGCCUGCCGUUUGAUGCCAUGUUCAAAACAACUGGGAACUCUGACUUCAGUGCAUUCAAGACAACUGGGAAAAGACUAGCUCCGCCUGGGGAAAGAUUGCUUUGACCGGUCAUCCAACUGUCUGCCAGAUUUUCCAUUCAAAGGCGCUGUAUCUGUAUGCUGUACGCUUGUGAUAAAUAAGAUACAUAACGAAUAACUGUGCACACGCGCCAAUUUAAUUCCACUAAAUAAUGCAAAUUAACCUAUAGACCGAUAUGCAUGACCAGUCAAAUGUAUUUCCAUCGAAUGGUAUUUCCAUAAAUUAAUAGGCAAAAAAGCAUUAUUUCGCAAUGAGAUUUUUCUUCUUCUCCCGGACAAUUGGCCGGUGUCAAUUUUAUUUAUUGGCUUUUCAACAACAACAAAACUGGACAAAAGCCGGAUAUUACCGGGUAACUGAAACCCUGGUUGUGUGGUGCAUUGGCACAGAAACCUGUUGGUGGAAAAUUUGUUGCAUAUAUUUUAUAUAAUUAGAAAUAUACAGUUGAAGUCGGAAGUUUACAUACACCUUAGGAAAAUACAUUUAAACUAAGUUUUUCACAAUUCCUGACAUUUAAUCCUAGUACAAAUUCCCUGUCUUAGGUCAGUUAGGAUCACCACUUUAUUUUAAGAAUGUGAAAUGUCAGAAUAAUAGUAGAGAGAAUGAUUUAUUUCAGCUUCAGAGCUGGUGUAACUUAGUCAGGUUUGUAGGCCUCCUUGCUCGCACACGCUUUUUCAGUUCUGCCCACAAAUUAUCUAUAGGAUUGAGGUCAGGGCUUUGUGAUGGCCACUGCAAUACCUUGACUUUGUUGUCCUUAAGCCGUUUUGCCACAACUUUGGAAGUAUGCUUGGGGUCCAUUUGGAAGAACCAUUUGCGACCAAGGUUUAACUUCCUGACUAAUGUCUUGAUGUUGCUUCAAUAUAUCCACAUACUUUUCCUUCCUCAUGAUGCCAUCUAUUUUGUGAAGCGCACCAGUCCCUCCUGCAGCAAAGCACCCCCACAGCAUGAUGCUGCCACCCCGUGCUUCACGGUUGGGAUGGUGUUCUUCGGCUUGCAAGCACCCCCUUUUUCCUCCAAACAUAACGAUGGGCAUUAUGGGCAAAUAGUUAUAUUUUUGUUUAAUCAGACCAGAGGACAUUUCUCCAAAAAGUACGAUGUUUGUCCCCAUGUGCAGUUGCAAACCGUAGUCUGGCUUUUUUAUGGCGGUUUUGGAGCAGUGUCUUCUUCCUUGCUGAGCGGCCUUUCAGGUUAUGUCGAUAUAGGACCCGUUUUACUGUAGAUAUAGAUACUUUUGUACCUGUUUCCUAGAGCAUCUUCACAAGGUCCUUUGCUGUUGUUCUGGGAUUGAUUUGCACUUUUCGCACCAAAGUACGUUAAACUCUAGUAUACAGAACGCGUCUCCUUCCUGAGCGGUAUGACGGCUGCGUGGUCCCAUGGUGUUUAUACUUGCGUACUAUUGUUUGUACAGAUGAACGUGGUACCUUCAGGCGUUUGGAAAUUGCUCCCAAGGAUGAACCAGACUUGUGGAGGUCUACAAUUUAUUUUCUGAGGUCUUGGCUGAUUUCUUUUGAUUUUUCCAUGAUGUCAAGCAAAGAGGCACUGAGUUUGAAGGUAGGCCUUGAAAUACAUCCACAGGUACACCUCCAAUUGACUCAAAUUAUGUCAAUUAGCCUAUCAGAAGCUUCUAAAGCCAUGACAUUUUCUUGACUUUUCCAAGCUGUUUAAAGGCACUGUCAACUUAGUUUAUGUAAACUUCUGACCCACUGGAAUUGUGAUACAGUGAAAUCAUCUGUCUGUAAACAAUUGUUGGAAAAAUUACUUGUGUCAUGCACAAAGUAGAUGUCCUAACCGACUUGCCAAAUCUAUAGUUUGUUAACAAGAAAUUUGUGGAGUGGUUGAAAAACGAGUUUUAAUGACGCCAACCUAAGUGUAUGUAAACUUCCGACUUCAACUGUAGCAUCAAAAUAUACCAAAUAUGAUUUCCCCCUAGCUGAUCAUUGUCUGCAGCUGGUUUUGAUCGUAGAAUAAUGAAACAGGCAGGGAGAGUGAGCUUGUCCAUGGUGGUCAGCGAUCCCUCAACCUUCUGGCCCUGCGUGGCAUUGACUGUGCCACAAAAGCAUGCUGAAGUGGCAAAGUCGAUAUUCACGUUAUUGUUAUUUGUGGUUGUAAACAAUAUUUUUCAGUUAAUUCAAUGAGGGGGGAGGCUGUGCCCAAAACAUUUACAGUACAAGGGGAGGGUAAUGUGCAUAUAUUUGUAACGUUGGGGAGGGGGCUGCAUUUUCUUUUUUUGUAAGACACCGAGUUGGAAUAGUGGCAGAAUUGCCCUUUAAAUUGUUAUGAUGCAGAGGGUUGUGAUUUCCACUCUGUCACACAUGCUGAAUGGAAACAUGUUUGUAAAGGUUGUAUAAGUGGAAAACCAAACCUCUUAUCUCGCCCUUUCUUCCAGGUUGACCAACUGAAAUAUACGGCCAUUCCUGUGAUGAAGAAGUUUGGGAUUGAUGGAGAGGGGCUGGAACUGAAGGUGAGGCUUUCAGAGCACAUUCCUAGCAUUACUGUGUAGGGGUUUACCCGUCUUCAUAUGAUAUACAGAAUAACUGCUAUCUUUGUCUGGUACUCUUCGUUGGUAUGUGGUGGAAUGUGUUAUUGGUAUAAGGUUUUAGAGCAUUUUUUGUUUUUUUUGCAACUUGCCAGGACGUUGGAAGAAUUUAUUCUGAAUGAACUUACCUGGUUAAAUAAAGAUGAUUGUGUUUCCUGUGUCCAGGUAGUGAAAAGGGGGAUGGCUCCAGGUGGGGGAGGCGAGGUACUGUUUACGUGUCCCGUUCGCAAGACUCUCCGUCCCGUCCAACUGUCAGACCCCGGCAAGAUCAAGCGGAUCAGAGGAAUAGCGUAUCUUUUUCAUUCUCUUAAUUCAAUGUUUUGUCCUUUCUCUUAUGGUGUUGUCGAGAGUCUUGACACCAGCAAAAUGUAUGGCAGUUAUUGUAUGUAUGACAUGUUUCAGUCUUCGUUUACAUACUUGUAUUUCUCUGUCAUUGCCACCUUCUUGCUUUACCUGGCUCAUAUAACACAACUUUAUUGAUCCGUUAUACAGAGACAACAGAAAUUGUUACACACCUUGACAUUGGUCAUACAGAUACUCUGUUAGAGUCUCUCCACAGAUGGCCAACAGAAUAGUGGACUCUGCCAGAAGCAUACUGAACAAAUUCAUUCCUGAUAUCUACAUCUACACAGACCACAUGAAGGGGGACAAGUCUGGAAAGUAAGUAGUGUCUCAGCCUGUGUCAUAUUCAUUAGUCCACAGCUUAGGAAAACGAGAAAAGAAGUGCAGGUAAACCCUCUCCGUUUCAGUCUGUUUUCUUCUGUUUGUUGCCUGAUGAACACAACCAUGGUCUUUCUCUGAUGCUGUAACUUUGGCCACUAGAUGGGGAAAUACUUAGGAAAAGCUGGAAGAUUUACUUUCCAAGAAAACAGGCAGGCAAACUGUACUUAACUAGGGAUGUUAAUCGGUUAGCUGGCGGACCAAAAUUUGACCGGUCAUGCUUAUCGGUCGAUAGGUUAAUUUGCAUAAUUUAGUGGAAUUAAAUUGGACUGUGUAUCUUAUUUAUCACACGCACACCAUACAGAGCAUAGUUUGAGUGGAAUAAUAUCACCUGUCAGACAGGGAGUGCUGCAGCUGAUUGCUGCUGGAGUGAAACUUGUUCUUAUAAGCCCCGUAAUUGCGCAACAAUUCGAAAUGCAGUUGCGUGUUAAAAAUAAAUUUGAUGGCCUUGAUGAAAAAGAGGAUCCCAGCUUUCUAUUGCUACUAUCUUUAUUUCUCAACUCCUAAUUGAAGCCCGUCCUCCAUUCGCCAUUCGAGUGCAUAGGCAAUACGUUUGGCAGGCUAUCAGCACAUUACCCGACACCUUGCAAUUAGAGGCAACAUGCAUUUUGAAAACACAUACUUCAUUGUUUGAAACCUGGAUGUUUUACUUCAUAUAUUAUGAGACAUUUCUCUCCUGUUCUAUUGGUUUUCAGAUCAACUUUCUUUCGUUGUCCAGAAGCCAAAGGCACAAUCCUAGUCAUAUUAGCAACCCAUCCUAGUUGUUGCCUCUUUAGAUUCACCCUCUAAGUUCCUAACUGAGCUUUUCAUCGCUGUCACAUAUGGAACCACUCGCAUCAGGUGUGCUAUUUAGAACAGUGUUUUCCAGUGAAUUGCAUUUUGGCAAAUGUUUUACAUUGCCUGCAUCAUUACAGUAGUUGUUCAAUAAUAUACACUACAUGACCAAAAGUAUGUGGACACCGGCUCAUUCCAAAAUCAUGGGUAUUAAUAUGGAGUUGGUCCCCCCUUGCUGCUUUAACAGCCUCCACUCUUCUGGGAAGGCUUUCUACUAGAUGUUGGAAUAUUGCUGCGGGGACUUGCUUCCAUUCAGCCACGAGCAUUAGUGAGGUCGGGCACUGAUGUUGGCCGAUUUCCUGGCUCGCAGUCGGCAUUCCAAUUCAUCCCAAAGGUGUUUGAGGGGGUUGAGGUCAGGGCUAUGUGCAGGCCAGUCAAGUUCUUCCAGAAUGUCAUUGUAUGCUGUAGCGUUAAGAUUUCCCUUCACUGUAACUAAGGGGCCUAGCCCAAACCAUGAAAAACAGACCAUUAUUCCUCCUCCACCAAACUUUACAGUUGGCACUAUGCAUUGGGGCAGGUAGUGUUUUCCUGGCAUACGCCAAACCCAGAUUCGUCCGUCAGAUGGCCAGAUGGUGAAGCGCUAUUAAUCGCUCCAGAGAACGUGUUUCCACUGCUCCAGAGUCGAAUGGCGGCGAGUUUACACCACUCCUGCCGACAUUUGGCAUUGCGCUUGGUGAUCUUAGACUUGUGUGCGGCUGCUCGGGCCAUGGAAACCCAUUUCAUGAAGCUCCCGACGAACAGUUCUUGUGCUGACAUUACUUUGAGGCAGUUUGGAAUGCGCUAGUGAGUGUUGCAACCGAGGACAGACGAUGUUUAGGCGCUACGCACUUCAGCACUCGGCAGUCCCGUUCUGUGAGCUUGUAUGGCCUACCACUUUGCGGCUGUUGUUGUCCCUAGACGUUUCCACUUCACAAUAACAGCACUUACAGUUGACCGGGGCAGCUCUAGCAGGGCAGAAAUUUUACGAACGGACUUGUUUGAAAGGUUUCAUUACAUUUACAUUUACAUUUUAGUCAUUUAGCAGACGCUCUUAUCCAGAGCGACUUACAGUUAGUGAAUAUAUAUAUAUUUUAUUUUUAUUUUUUAUACUGGCCCCCUGUGGGAAUCCAACCCACAACCCUGGCGUUGCAAACGCCAUGCUCUAUCAACUGAGCUACAUCCCUGCCGGCCAUUCCCUCCCCUACCCUGGACGACGCAGUGCCACGUUGAGUAAGGCCAUUCUACUGCCAUUGUUUGUUUAUGGAGAUUGCAUAGCUGUGUGCUCGAUUUUAUACACCUGUCAGCGACGGGUGUGGCUAAAAUAGACAAAUCCACUAAUUUGAAGGGGUGUCCACAUACUUUUGUAUAUAUAAAUUGGUGUGAGGUGAUUGGCUUGCUAUUGUUGCAUGUUUCAAUGAAGCUCUUAAUGAUAAAUGUCCGUUACUUGUAUGCACGCAUAGUAUUUUCUGUUGGUCACGUCAUUAUACUAUUUAUCGUAGGGAAACAUUUGUCAUCAGUCAUGUUGAUCACUAGUGCUGAGUGAUUAGUGCUUUUUGAGGUCAGUUUGAUUAUUUGAUUUUGGUUAUAUAUAUAUAUAUACAAUUUUUUAACCUUAAAUGCAUUGUGGGUUGAAUGCUGUAACAAUACAGAAUAAAACAAUUAAUAAAAGUCCCAUGAUCGUAGUGACUGCCCAUUACUGCUUAUCAUUUAUUAACCAUCAUUUAUUCACAUUACUUUACUAAAAUGUUUUAGUUGUGUAUAUUACAUUUGUUUUAGGCCUAUUUGAUGACUUUAUUAUUUCAUUCCAAGUCAUCAUCUCAUCUCUAUAGAGCUGCUGCCUAUGCUGUGACAAAAUCACUGUUUUAGUAGUUCUUCAACGUAAAUAAGGCAUACUUUUAUGACUGCUGAAUACCAACUAUCAGUCUUAGAUCAUGUGUUUUCAGGUAGAUGCACCUCAUGAAGCAACUGCUCUCGAUCGUGCAUUCUUCUGGCUCUUCUCUGUCUCAGACUGGACAAGCAGGCACGCAAUAGUUUAUGGUCAUUGUAAAUAAUGACCACGUUUUCUGUGCUUAACUACGUAGAAAAUUGGCCUGUUGGAUCUGAUUUAUCUGUAGAGAAACUGCGCAUUGCACUGAGAAAAAGAUGGAACGAAAUGGAAUUCCAAUAAUGGAACAGAUGUCGGACAAUUUUAGUUGUUUUAAAAAUGAAAAAAUCACAAUUUUGGUUAAUCGCUCAGCACUAUUGAUCACACUAACAAUAGUUGUUCUAGCCUACUUCAAGGUUCAAGGGUACUGUUUCGAGUAGCAAAUAGUAGCUAGUAUUUCACUUAGUGACGCAAACACUUAUUGAUAAGGUUGUUUCCCUGUGUUUCCCCUGAAAACUGUUCUGUCAUGGCUGAUUUCUCUCCCUCAGGUCUCCAGGCUUUGGCCUGACCUUGGUGGCUGAAACCCUGAACGGGACGUUCCUUAGUGCAGAGCAGGUGUCCACCCCCCAGGGGCAGGGAGACCCUGUGCUGCCUGAGGACCUGGGAAGAAACUGUGCCAAGCUACUGCUGGAGGAGAUCUACAGGGUAGGUGACACACACACACCAUCAAUCGAAACCCAAGCCACAGGGUGUGGUGCACUUUUAAAAAAAUUACAUGUUUUAGUAAUUUAGCUGACGCUCUUAUCCUGAGCUACUUAGAGUAGUGAGUGCAUACAUUUUUUGUUCUGGUCCCCCCUGGGAAUCGAACACACAACCCUGGCGUUGCAAGCGCCAUGCUCUACCAAUUGAGCCACACAGGACUCCUGUCAUACGCGUUUUAAAUCGAGUUGUAGCCCUCUCAAGUCAAGUUUAAGCUCUUAUUGACUUUGAAUGUACUAUUUAUUUAACCUUUAUUUAACCAUGAAGUCCCAUGGAGGUCAGAAUACCUUUUUCCCAAGGGAGACCUGGACUAUCAUGUAUAAAUGUCAUUACAGCUGUUGAGUACUGUACAGUACGUACCAGACAUUAAGUGUCCGGGCUUGUUAAUUCACACAUUCAAAUCACCAUAUGUUUAAGAUGAAAUGUUUGCCAUUCUCAGUGUGUGGUAUUUACCAUCAGUGGUGCACAGAGAGAGACAGCCAUCUCUCAGAUAGAGCUCAGACUCAGCUCAUCAUUACAGGGGAAUGUGGGUAAACAGGCAGGACGCUGUUUGUUUACAUGUUGUGAUUGAGUCAAGCCCUCAACUGUGUUACAGACACUUAUGUGUCUGACAGGCUCUAAUGUGCUGCGGACAUCUGGGCCCGUAUUUACAAAGCGUCGCAGAGUAGCAGUGGUGAUCUUGGAUCAGGUUCCCCCUUUUAUUCAUUAUGAUUUAAAAGACAAAACUGAUCCUAGAUCAGCACUCCUUCAAGACGCUUUGUGAAUAUGAGCCCUGAGUUGUAUGAGAUUACCAGUGCCUGGUUAGUUGUCUCACACGAGUCAGAGACACAAUGAAGCCCUGUGAAGUGUUAAAGUUAGACAUUUUAAGACUGUAAGGAUGUCAGUCUGUCUAUAAAGUGACUGUACCAAUCUAGACAACAUUACACUGCAGUGCUUUAUGUAUAGAGAGAGAGAGUGUUUAUAGUUGAUAGUUUUGUGAAGAAAUAUGUUCCUCAUCUUUAAUCACCAGCGGAAUGCUAUAAGUGUUAAUGUUGGUUAAGUGGUUGGCUAACGCCAUGGAUUAUAAAUGGGAAGUUAACGCUAUGUCAUUGUGAAUGUUAUCUAUAAGUGGUAAUAUGAUCACGAUGUGAUGCAAAAUGCACAACCCCCCUCUCACUCACUUUAUCAAAAAAUAUUAAAUUAGCCGCUGAGUCUGUGACUUCACUUUACUCCUCCUGACUCCCACUGGUCACCCCCUUUCAUAAGAGCAUGUGAAUCAAGUUAGCCAGGAGAAUUUUAUGAUUUGUUUUGAAUGCCGAAUAUUGUUGCUCCCUUAUCUACUAAGCUAGGCCCGUGGAGAGAGACUGCUUCAAUCUCCUCAUUGGCCGAGAGGAGGGAAGGGGAAGACUAGGAGAUAGAAGAGUCACUGGUGUCUCCUGUGAAUGGUUGUUUGAAGCAUAUAAGGGUGCUGGAGUUUCUUUUUGAGGACGUGGUGCACUUCUGUGUUUGUUCAGUGGCUAAUCAGUAGUACUGGCAGGCAGGCAGCUAGCGUAGUGGUCGUAGUAAACAAGAUAUGUUUUGGAGCACCUGGUGAGAUGAGGGACAAGGGGAGCUGAUGUAAGUAGUGGUCUUUUUAUAUUUUUAGAGUUAUUAAUGUCUUUAGAGUUGACUUCAUAUCAAUACAAUGGAUUUGGCAAAUUGUUAAAUAUGAAAUGAAGUAAACUUGAUCUUUUUGGUUUUGGAUUAUUUGAUAGUAUUCGUCCAGUAACUCAACCAUAUGUUACCUUAAAGUCAGAAUGUCUUCUUGCGCUUUGGCGGUUUUCUAUGCAUAAUGUCAGACUUUUAGAGUUCAUAUUCUGUUCAGAGGCAGGCUACGCCUACGCAUCUUGGACAGGGGAAUAUAAACUCCCUUUGGCUUCUUCAAAAUAUUAGGCUAAAUCAUUCAAGGUAUUUUCUGGACCUAGGUUACAAUGGCUUUCAAUGUGGGAUAAUUACAUUUGAGCAGUUAUUUUCCACCAGUUCAUGAGAUGCCAAAUACUCUGGGGUCAGAAAUUAUUGACACAGUUGAUGAAGAUGAGCAAAAAUGACUGUAUAAUAAAAAAUACUGAGCUAUAUUGGAUGCUCAAAAAAUUUGGGAAAUUAUAUUAUUUUAUGCUAAUACAAUUGCUCAGAGAAAGAGAUUUUAUUUAACAAGUAAUUUUAAAAAAUGCAGUGCUUUACACCGCUGCGCCACUCGGGAGGCCCCCCCUGAGCUUUUUUCAAACAUAUUUUAUGAGUUGGGGAACACAUUGGGGGAGAAGGGCCUUGGUCAGGGAGUUGACCAAGAACCCGAUGGUCACUCUGACAGAGCUCCAGAGUUCUUCUGUGGAGAUGGGAGAACCUUCCUGAAGGACAACCAUCUCUGCAGCACUCCACCAAUCAGGCCUUUAUGGUAGAGUGGCCAGAUGGAAGCCACUCCUCAGUAAAAGGCACAUGACAGCCUGCUUGAAGUUUGCCAAUAGGCACCUAAAGGACUCUCAGACCAUGAGAAACAAGAUUCUCUGGUCUGAUGAAACCAAGAUUGAACUCUUUGACCUGAAUGCCAAGCGUCACGUCUGGAGGAAACCAGGCACCGCUCAUCACCUGGCCAAUACCAUCCCUACAGUGAAGCAUGGUGGUGGCAGCAUCUGUAUUCUUGUUGGGAUGUUUUUCAGCGGCAGGGACUGGGAGACUAGUCAGGAUCGAGGCAAAGAUGAAGGAGCAAAGUACAGAGAGACCCUUGAUGAAAACCUGCUCCAGAGCACUCAGGACCUCAGACUGGGGCGAAGGUUCACCUUCCAACAGGACAACGACCCUAAGCACACAGCCAAGACAACGCAGAGUGGCUUCGGGACAAGUCUCUGAAUGUCCUUGAGUGGCCCAACCAGAGCCCGGACUUGAACCCGAUCGAACAUCUCUGGAGAGAUCUGAAAAUAGCUGUGCAGCGACGCUCCCCAUUCAACCUGACAGAGCUUGAGAGGAUCUGCAGAGAAGAAUGGGAGAAACUCCCCAAAUACAGGUGUACCAAGCUUGUAGCGUCGUACCCAAGAAUACUCUAGGGUGUAAUUGCUGCCAAAGGUACUUCAACAAAGUACUGAGUAAAGGGUCUGAAUACUUAUGUAAAUGUGAUAUUUCCGUGUGUUUUAUUUUUUAUACAUUUGCUAAUAUUUCUAAAAACCAGUUUUUGCUUUGUCAUUAUUGGGUAUUGUGUGUAGAUUGAGGGGAAACAACAAUUUAAUCAAUUUUAGAGUAAGGCUGUAACGUAACAAAAUGUGGAAAAAGUCAAUGGGUCUGAAUACUUUCCGAAUGCACUGUAUAGCCCAACGUUUGUAUCACAGGUAAAGUUGCAUAAAUAACUCAAAAUUAAGCAUAUAGGAGGACCUGUUUCUUUGUUAAUCGCUCAUCACAGAAUAGCCGCAUGUGCGCCCUUCAUUGGGAAUCGUUUGGAGAAAAUAUCCUUUCUAUUUUAUUCAGCUAUGUUCAAUUCUAUUCUUAAUGCUAUAAAAUAAUAAAAAAGAAUGCCACGGAAUUCUGAGCAAACCUUUUCUUCUAAAUGAACUAGUGUAGCCCACAGCCAUAUGGCAUAGCCAGAUCAGGGCCUAACAUAAGGACAACUCAGAGUACGCUAUUCUGUUCUUCUGAAAUAGAAAACAUUUUCUUCAUAUCAUGUUUCUUUAGACCUGUCUCAAAUAAAUAAUGGAUUUAUUGUGAUGGUGUAGGCUAUAUUACAUGGAUUUAUUAGACUUUUUUUUAAUGUAGAUGUUCCAAAGGUCUACAUUAGUGACUUGUAGGCUAUGUGUGGAAGCCAGGAGAUGUUAAACCUGUUUAUGUUAAUUAACGGUUAAUUACCGUGAGACCGGCAGUUAUUUGCUUGACAAUCACCGGCUGACAAAAUUUAAUGACCACCACAGCCCUACUAAUGAUGCAAUGUUACUGUUUGAAUUGUGAAAAAUUUAUGUUUUAAAUGGUAGGUCUAGGUGCUUUAUGAUAUGAUUUAAACAUUUAGCUUAUGUCCUUAUUCUGUUACAUUUUCAUCAGGAGUGAGGACAUACCUUUCCUAAACAGAUCAUCGGGUCAGACAGUCGGACAAUGAACAGUGAAUUGUUUGGAAUCCCAGUAGUAUUGUGGAACACGGAAUGACUGGAGACAAUGUUGCCUUAGUUAUUUCAAAAACUGAUUAAGUGAUUGAAUCAUAUUCAUGAUGAUGAGCAGAUGUUGGGCAUAAAGAAGGCCACUGACACUGCAUGCUCACAUGGCACGUGAUGCACACAGCCAGACUCUCUGUCUACCAGGCUACCGUCUGCUAUUCAGUAAAUCUAAGAUGUUGGGUUGGGCAACCAUUUUAUUUUAGGGUUGGGCAGCCCUGCUGUGCCCUGCGAGACUUUUACUGUGCAAUGCCAGUCAAGUUCAAACCAUCGUCUGUCACAUCACGAUGUCGUCACCAUCGACGAUGGCUGUCAAUUAUCAUCGAUAGACGGAGAAGAUGGCUGCCGUUUUACAGCCCUCUAACCAAUUGUACUAUUAUGUGUGUUUUUCCGCGUUAACUCUAUCCUCCUGAUUCCUGCUUUUAAGCAAAAACUGAAGCAGGAAGCACCAGUGAUUCGGUUAAUAAAAAAGUGGUCAGAUGACGCAGAUGCUAAGCUACAGGACUGUUUUGCUAGCACAGACUGGAACAUGUUCCGGGAUUCUUCAGACAGCAUUGAGGAGUACACCACAUCAGUCACUGGCUUCAUCAAUAAGUGCAUCGAUGAUGUCGUCCCCACAGUGACCGUACGUACAUACCCCAACCAGAAGCCAUGGAUUACAGGAAACAUCCGCACUGAGCUAAAGGGUAGAGCUGCCGCUUUCAAGGAACGGGACUCUAACCCGGACACUUAUAAGAAAUCCCGCUAUGACCUCCGACGAACCAUCAAAGAGUCAAUACAGGUCUAAGAUUGAAUCAUACUACACUGGCUCUGACGCUCGUCGGAUGUGGCAGGGCUUGAAAACUAUUACAGACUACAAAGGGAAGCACAGCCGCGAGCUGCCCAGUGACACAAGCCUACCAGACGAGCUAAACCACUUCUAUGCUCGCUUCGAGGCAAGCAACACUGAAGCAUGCAUGAGAGCACCAGCUGUUCCGGAUGACUAUGUGAUCACGCUCUCCGUAGCCGAUGUGAGUAAGACUUUUAAGCAGGUCAACAUUCACAAGGCCGCAGGGCCAGACGGAUUACCAGGACGUGUACUCCGAGCAUGUGCUGACCAACUGGCAAGUGUCUUCACUGACAUUUUCAACAUGUCCCUGACUGAGUCUGUAAUACCAACAUGUUUCAAGCAGACCACCAUAGUCCCCGUGCCCAAGAACUCUAAGAUAACCUGCCUAAAUGACUACCGACCCGUAGCACUGACGUCUGUAGCCAUGAAGUGCUUUGAAAGACUGGUCAUGGCUCACAUCAACAGCAUAAUCCCAGAAACCCUAGACCCACUCCAAUUUGCAUACCGCCCCAACAGAUCCACAGAUGAUGCAAUCUCUAUCGCACUCCACACUGCCCUUUCCCACCUGGACAAGAGGAACACCUACGUGAGAAUGCUAUUCAUUGACUACAGCUCAGCAUUCAACACCAUAGUGCCCUCUAAGCUCAUCACUAAGCUAAGGAUCCUGGGACUAAACACCUCCCUCUGCAACUGGAUCCUGGACUUCCUGACGGGCCGCCCCCAGGUGGUAAGGGUAGGUAGCAACACAUCUGCCACACUGAUCCUCAACACGGGGGCCCCUCAGGGGUGCGUGCUCAGUCCCCUCCUGUACUCUCUGUUCACCCAUGACUGCAUGGCCCGGCACGACUCCAACACCAUCAUUAAGUUUGCCGACGACACAACAGUGGUAGGCCUGAUCACCGACAACGAUGAGACAGCCUAUAGGGAGGAGGUCAGAGAUCUGGCCGUGUGGUGCCAGGACAACAACCUCUCCCUCAACGUGACCAAGACAAAGGAGAUGAUUGUGGACUACAGGAAAAAAAGAGGACUGAGCACGCCCCCAUUCUCAUCGACGGGGCUGUAGUGGAACAGGUUGAGAGCUUCAAGUUCCUUGGUGUCCACAUCACCAACGAACUAUCAUGGUCCAAACACACCAAGACAGUCGUGAAGAGGGCACGACAAAGCCUAUUCCCCCUCAGGAGACUAAAAAGAUUUGGCAUGGGUCCUCAGAUCCUCAAAAAAUUCUACAGCUGCACCAUCGAGAGCAUCCUGACUGGUUGCAUCACCGCCUGGUAUGGCAACUGCUUGGCCUCUGACCGCAAGGCACUACAGAGGAUAGUGCGUACGGCCCAGUACAUCACUGGGGCAAAGCUUCCUGCCAUCCAGGACCUCUAUACCAGGCGGUGUCAGAGGAAGGCCCUCAAAAUUGUCAAAGACUCCAGCCACCCUAGUCAUAGACUGUUCUCUCUGCUACCGCACGGCAAGCGGUACCGGAGUGCCAAGUCUAGGUCCAAAAGACUUCUCAACAGCUUCUACCCCCCAAGCCAUAAGACUCCUGAACAGCUAAUCAUGGUUACCCGGACUAUUUGCACUGCCCCCCCACCCCAUCCUUUUUACGCUGCUGCUACUCUGUUAAGUAUUUAUGCAUAGUCACUUUAACUCUACCCACAUGUACAUAUUACCUCAACUACCUCAACUAGCCGGUGCCCCCGCACAUUGACUCUGCAACGGUACCCCCCUGUGUAUAUAUAGCCUCCCUACUGUCACUUUAUUUUACUUCUGCUCUUUUUUUCUCAACACUUUUUUUUUGUUGUUGUUUUAUUCUUACUUUUUUUGUUUAAAAUAAAUGCACUGUUGGUUAAGGGCUGUAAGUAAGCAUUUCACUGUAAUGUCUGCACCUGUUGUAUUCGGCGCAUGUGACCAAUAAAAUUUGAUUUGAUUUGAUUUGAAAUGUCAUAUGUCAAAGCUACAAGGGAAUUGACAGACAUGAUUGGACUGUAACCCUGUCUGUCUGGAAAGUCUUUGAGUACACAAACACUUCAAUAUUAGAGUUGCUGUACUUGUUGUCACUACCAUUAGUGGAGCAGGUUGAGAGCAUAAAGUUCCUUGGUGUCCACAUCACCAACAAACUAACAUGGUCCAAGCACACCAACAUAGUCGUGAAGAGGGCACAACAAAACCUAUUCCCCCUAAGGAGACUGAAAAGAUUUGGCAUGGGUCCUCAGAUCAUCAAAAGGUUCUACAGCUGCACCAUCGAGAGCAUCCUGACUGGUUGCAUCACUGCCUGGUAUGGCAACUGCAAGGCACUCCAGAGGGUAGUGCGUACGGCCCAGUACAUCACUGGGGCCAAGCUUCCUGCCAUCCAGGACCUCUAUACCAGGCGGUGUCAGAGGAAGGCCUUAAAAAUUGUCAAAGACUCCAGCCACCCUAGUCAUAGACUGUUCUCUCUGCUACCGCAUGGCAAGCAGUACCAGAGCGCCAAGUCUAGGUCCAAGAGGUUUCUAAACAGCUUCUCCCCCAAGCCAUAAGACUCCUGAACAUAUAAUCAAAUGGCUACCCAGACUUUGCAUUGCCCCCCCCCCCCCCCUUUAAGCUGCUGCUACUCUGUUUAUUAGCUAUGCAUAGUCACUUUAAUAACUCAACCUACAUGUACAUAUUACCUCAACUAACCGGUGCCCCCGUACAUUGACUCGGUACCGGUACCCCCUGUAUAUGGCCUCGCUAUUGUUAUUUUACUGCUGCCCUUUAAUUAUUUGUUACUUUUAUUUUGUAUAGUUUUUUUGGGGGGGAUAUUCUUUUUUUAAACGGCAUUGUUGGUUAAGGGCUUGUAAGUAAGCAUUUAACUGUAAGGUUAACCUGUUGUAUUCGGCGCAUGUGACAAAUAACAUUUGAUUUGAUUGUUCAUAUUCCUAGUUGGGUUAUGUCGAAUUUUAGUUUUGUAUAACAGAAUGAUCAGUCUAAUCUGCUUUUUGUUAUGUUCUAAGUGAGGCCAUGAUGCCACAUGCAGUCUUCUUUUCUUCGAGGGGAUUGAGCUUUAUGUGACCUCUCCCCUUGUGACGACGUUGUGUUAUGUUGAUGUUGUUUCUGACGCACUGACACCCCCCACUCUGCUCACUCUCUUUCAGGGCGGCUGUAUCGACUCAGCCAAUCAAAGCCUGGCUCUCGUGUACAUGACCUUGGGUCAACAAGAUGUGUCUAAAGCGCUGCUCGGCCACCUCUCUCCAUACACGUAAGUUAUUUAUUAUUUAUGUAUUUUCUUUUUUACAGUACGCUGCUUGGCAGGACCUGCAAUCCAAAGUUCCCAUAGCAGGUCAAACAAACUGCGAGUAACCUGACAGUGGAACGCAAACAAGUUGUCAUUUCCGAUAAACCUUUGGCCACAUUUUUGUUGAAUCUUUGGUUUGUCGAUUUGUGCAAAACAUUUAGGGUGAAUACUUCUGAUUCUUCUACGAACUUCAAAAGAAUGUUUUAUUACUACAUUUGUUUUAAUGUUGUAUUUAAUUAUUUAAUGAGAACAUUUUGAGAAAUUAAAUACAAUCCAUUAAUAUCCUACAGAUGCGGUAAAAAUGUCGGCACCCUUGCACUUUAGAAUGGAGCGACAUUUUCUGAUUUCUCUUUUCAAAACUGGUUGAAUGGCUAUUUUUUACCCUGUAGACACCUGCAACUUACCACAGGUGAGAGAAAUUACACAGUAAACAAGAAUUUGCCUCCAACCAAAUUAAUUAAAAUGUUUAAUGAUUUAGUCCAGGACAUUUUUACUUUAAAGUGAAAAUACUAAAUGUUUGUUAGGAUUUCUUAAAAAUAUAAAACAAAAACAUGUGAACUUUUUUAAACAUUUCAAUAUAUUUUAGAAGAAAUAGUGAAUCGUGCAAGGGUGCAAUAUAUUUGACCAUAUCUGUAAUAGAGAAAGUUAAGACUAAGCCAUAAAGGUAAAUAACUGGUAUCGUUCUGUCUAACAUUUGUGUGUUUCUACAUACAGUUGAAGUCGGAAAGUUUACAUACACCUUAGCCAAAUACAUUUAAACUCAGUUUUUCACAAUUCCUGACAUUUAAUCCUAGUAAACAUUCCCUGUCUUAGGUCAGUUAGGAUCACCACUUUAUUUUAAGAAUGUGAAAUGUCAGAAUAAUAGUAGAGAGAAUGAUUUAUUUCAGCUUUUAUUUCUUUCAUCACAUUCCCAGUGGGUCAGAAGUUUACAUACACUCAAUUAGUAUUUGGUAGCAUUGCCUUUAAAUUGUUUAACUUGGGACUAACGUUUCAGGUAGCCUUCCACAAGCUUCCCACAGUAAGUUGGGUGAAUUUUGGCCCAUUCCUCCUAACAGAGCUGGUGUAACUGAGUCAGGUUUGUAGGCCUCCUUGCUCUUUUCGGUUCUGCCCACACAUUUUCUAUAGGAUUGAGGUCAGGGCUUUUUGAUGGCCACUCCAAUACAUUGACUUUAUUGUCCUUAAGCCAUUUUGCCACAACUUUGGAAGUAUGCUUGGGGUCAUUGUCCAUUUGGAAGACCCAUUUUUGACCAAGCUUUAACUUCCUGACUGAUGUCUUGAGAUGUUGCUUCAAUAUAUCCACAUAAUUUUCCUUCCUCAUGAUGCCAUCUAUUUUGUGAAGUGCACCAGUCCCUCCUGCAGCAAAGCACCCCCACAGCAUGAUGCUUCACGGUUGGGAUGGUGUUCUUCGGCUUGCAAGCAUUCCCCUUCCUCCUCCAAACAUAACAAUGGUCAUUAUGGCCAAACAGUUCUAUUUUUCAGACCAGAGGACAUUUCUCCAAAAGUACGAUCUUUGUCCCCAUGUGCAGUUGCAAACCAUAGUCUGGCUUUUUUAUGGCGGUUUUGGAGCAGUGGCUUCUUCCUUGCUGAGCGGCCUUUCAGGUUAUGUCGAUAUAGGACUCAUUUUACUGUGGAUAUAGAUACUUCUGUACCUGUUUCCUCCAGCAUCUUCACAAGGUCCUUUGCUGUUGUUCUGGAAUUGAUUUGCACUUUUCGCACCAAAGUACGUUCAUCUCUAGGAGACAGAACACAUCUCCUUUCCUGAGCGGUAUGACGGCUGCGUGGUCCCAUGGUGUUUAUACUUGAAUACUAUUGUUUGUACAGAUGAACGUGGUACCUUCAGGCGUUUGGAAAUUGCUCCCAAGGAUGAACCAUACUUGUGGAGGUCUACAAUUUUUUUUCUGAGGUCUUGGCUGAUUUCUUUUCAUUUUCGCAUGAUGUCAAGCAAAGAGGCACAGGUACACCUCCAAUUGACUCAAAUGAUGUCAAUUAGCCUAUCAGAAGCUUCUAAAGCCAUGACAUCAUUUUCUGGAAUUUUCCAAGCUCUUUAAAGGCACAGUCAACUUAAUGUAUGUAAACUUCUGACCACUGGAAUUGUGAUACAGUGAAUUAUAAGUGAAAUAAUCUGUUGGAAAAAUGACUUGUGUCAUGCACAAAGUAGAUGUCCUAACCGAAUUGCCCAAACUAUAGUUUGUUAACAAGAAAUUUGUGGAGUGGUUGAAAAACGAGUUUUAAUGACUCCAACCUAAGUGUAUGUAAACUUCCGACUUCAACUGUAUACUGUAAGUUGGUGUGUGGUGACAUUUGCACAAGUCGGUGUGUGUUUCUCCAUGUGUUUUGACAUUUUAUCCCAUGAUAGCAUGGCAGUGAUCAUGUGGCUCAGUCGGGAACAGCGGUUUCAUCACUCCUCUUAGCGCUCGAAAACCCUUCUCCGUACGUAGGGUUUUUAUCGGUUACAUUCGCCCACGGUUGGCUCCAUGUGAACUACAUUUCCGACAAUGUUUUACCGUUUAGAAAUGUCAAUCCUCGCUUUCAAACCGGUUUUUCUGAAACAUAUGCCCCUUACCUUUCAUAUCAGUGAGAAAUAAUCUUACAAAUAAAAAAUAUACACUUUCUGUCACAGUUUUGCACAGAUCCACAAGUUGUGUGUGCCUUCAGUUGACGAAAUACACUUCCUCCCCAGUCACGCUUACACACAGGUGUUCAAAGCAAGCUAGAUAGCUAAUCAACAAUUCUUUCCAUGGCUAAAAUGAGAAACGUGAAGCAGACCAAAUUCUUUGGUCCUUUAAUAACCUGCUGUAUGUAAAAUACUGUGUGCUAUAGCUUGGAAAAUAAUGACAGCAUAAUGAUGUUUGUUUCCAACAUUAGGGCUGUUUUCCUAAAGAAGUUAAAUCCGCUUCGUGUUUUGUUUCCUUGCCACGAUACUAACGAGUAUCGCAAUAUUGGUAUCGUCCUGGCCCUAACCCUAACCCUAUAAAGGUGUGUAGUAAUUUAACCUUUUUUUUUUUCAAAAUGUUUCUCGCUGAUAUGAAAGUUUCCAAAACCGUACCGCAAGCGAUGGAUUUUAACAUUCAGAACGAGCGUCGGGGAUCUUUAAAAAAACUCCCACGAACAGAAGAUGUUAUUGUCAAUAUGAAUGGGUUCCAGUCCUCUCAGAGUCAGACUAUGAACUGUCCAUUUUCAGUUAUCAUGGUACCGGUGCUGUGUCCCUGUCAAGUACAGUACUAUGAUAACUGAAGAUUGGCAGUGCCAUCUCAAUGGUUCUCUGAGCACCUUCCGAGGCAGUUAGCCAGGACCACAGCUCUCUGGGCUCUCUCUCAUUUUUUCUUCUUCUUGCUAUUAACAGUUUUUUAUUGGUUUCUGUGAGUGUGGAUCGUCCAUUUUCAGAUUCUGAGUUCUCAGUAUUGAUGUUCUACAGUAUGAUUGGACGGUCCAUCCAUUUCCUGAUUGUGUGUGUAUAUGUUGUUGUGUAUAGGUGAUCAUAAAGACCUUUGAGCUGCUGUUUGGUGUUUUGAAGGCAUCCCAAAGCACACACUGUCCUCGGUCAGUGCUUGUCCCCGGUCAUCUACUCUGACAUCACACAGGGUCAGGGGUAGGGUUGCAAAAUUUCGGGAAUGUUUUGUUCCGGAAUUCCAGAAAUCCUGAUUGGAGGAUUCCAGAUUUCCUGCUUAUUCCCUCCUGAUUUCGGGAAUCCUCCAACAGGGAUUUCGGGAAAUCCAGGGAAUUUAUUGAAAGUUCUUGGAAUUCUGCAACCCUAGUCAGGGGUCAGUGCUUCUCAGUAUUCCACAUUGUUUGAUGUCCCCUCUGGCCUUUAGAGCCUUUUUCUAGGAUGCUCUGGUGUUUUGUAUUUUACUCUGUUGUAAAAUAACGAAUAAUCUCCAUGAGGUUAGCCUGUCACGUGUUGGACUGCUGUAUUUGAGUAGCCAACCCACCCACCUGAACUCUCGCUCUCCUCUCAGGAUUGAGUUCCUCAGACACAUGAGAGACUUCUUCCAGAUGAUGUUCAAGAUCGAGACUCAGAAACCAUCGGAGGACGAGAGGAAAGGAGGAGACAAAGUACUGAUGACCUGUGUUGGAGCCGGCUAUACCAACAUCAGCAAAUCAAUCAAAUAAAGACUACAGUAUUUUUUCUACCUGGGUCGUUCUUUAAUUGCGGUGGCAUUUGGGAAUGGCAGUUUGGAUAAAUUAUUUUUUCUAGAUUUUUAUUUAAAUAUAUUUGGGCACAUCUUCCCAUUCUAAAUCAACU